UCUUCUUUCUUAGUUUCUUAAAAAUGGCUCUUUCUAGGAAACAAUGCUCUUACUCAAAGAUGGAUAAAGAAGAUCCUGAAGAAAUACUCCAUAGAAGAGCACAAUUCUUGAUCUACAAGGUGUUGGAACAAGCGAAUUCUCGACGAAAACAAUCUUGUCUUAGAAUAAAAAUAUCUAAGUUGAAGGUGAAGAUUGGGAAGAGGUUAAAGAGGCUAAGAAAGAGAAUUAUGUCAAGUGUGGUUGCAACUAGGGUUGGCAUUCAUGGACAUGUUGUGAGUCAAUUGAAAACAUUGAAACGUUUGUUUGGGAGAGAAAAACAAACCCUUUUAACCAUUCCUUCUCUUAUUAUCAAAUAAUGUGCGAGCAAAUUCAAAAUCUAGCGCAAAUGAUUAUUACGCGAAGCAGAGUGUGUGUGAGUGUUGUAAAUCUCAGAUAUUGAAAACUCAAUAAUGUUUUUGUUUUUUGUGUAAUACAAUGUUAGUGUUAUGUUUUCUUCAUUUAUGUGAUAUGUUUUUCUUUAGAUUAGAAAAGAGUGAAAUUUUGAAUUGUA